ACACAGAGAGAGAGAGAGACACGUGAUCCGCUCGCUGUCUCUGCCUUCUGACAGUCUGUUGCAGAGCGCAGCAGGGAGGCAGAUUGCACCGUUUGCACCGUUUUUCCCUCACCAAAAUUACAGGAUUUUCCCGGGACUCUGUUUAUCUAAAUUUGUUUCGUUUUCUGAAGAUCGAAAAGGAGGAAUAACCUAGGUAAAGUACCGUUAUGAGUUGACUUCUUUCAAUCGUUAUAAAGGUGUUGAUCGUCUUCUCAUUAUGUUGUAAGCUUUUUGGAUCAGAGACUGGCCUUGGGAAAAAAAGAAAAGCUCCAUGCGAUAAUCAAUCAAACAAUAACAAUCGUUCUGUUUGGCGGAGGAUGCAGGGUGAGAAGCCAAAAGCAAUGACUCUGGAUGCCCGCCACUUCUCGCUGGUGUGAAUAGGAUGGUUAUUGACGCCGUUUCUACAGCAGUAGAACCGACUGGUGCGCUCUAGCUGCCUGGCACCGAAAAUAAGAAACAUUCAAAAAUCAAGAAAAAUAAAAGGCCUGAUGGAAAUUGGAUUCUGAAUCACCAUUGCCUGUUUUUGGAAGAAAAUCUGGAUUAUAGAAAAAAACUAAUAGAGAGACAGAAGAUAUUGACAGAAUAAAUACAAAUAUAUAGGACUGAGAAAUUGGGAUUUAGGCGCGACAGAAAGUGGUCCUAAAUUAAAAUAUGGUAUUUUCUUCGGGAGACUAGUGUAGCUUGCUGGUAGGCUAUGACAACAAAAUAAUUAAUUUAGGUUUACAAUGUGUCAGUUCACAUACACAAUUCUUAGUGGUAAGUCAGCGUAUUACAUCACAUUUACCCCUAACUUCAUCUAGCUUGAUAAAAGACAAUUCCGUCUGAAAUCUGACUCAGCGGUAUUGUAGCCUAGACCUAAAGAACAAUUCGGUCACAUCAUGGUUCUUGCAAUGCGGCAUGGCGCCCAUCUAAUAUGGGUAGGCCUUCUCUUGUGCUGUAUGGUAGACAUGGGGGCUACUAUGGAGUUUACAGGCGCAGAGGGCCAGUGGGCCAGGUUUCCAAUGUGGAAUGCAUGUUGUGAGAGUGAAAUGAGCUUCAACAUGAAAACUAAGAGUUCCCACGGGCUGUUAGUGUACUUCGAUGACGAGGGAUUCUGCGACUUUUUAGAACUCCUAAUACACAACGGUAAACUCAGUCUUCGAUUCUCCAUCUUCUGCGCUGAGCCUGCAACGGUUCUAACCAACACAGCGGUCAAUGACAGCCAGUGGCAUGCUGUGACAAUAUGGAGAAACUUUAAAAACACAACGCUAAUGGUGGACAAUGAAGUGAAGUGGGUCGAAGUGAAGUCGAAAAGAAGGGAUAUGACUGUCUUCAGCCACUUGUUUCUUGGGGGAAUACCACCGGAAUUACGAUCUGUGGCUUUAAGGUUAACAUCAGCUGUGGUCAAGGACCAUGUACCUUUUACCGGAUGGAUAACGGACAUAAAGGUCAACAAUACGGAAUCGGCGCUUUUAAACAGCGCGGGGGUCAUUAACGACCUCUGUGGUGCAGCAGCCAACAUGUGUUUAAAUGGAGGGGUCUGCAAUGUCAUUAACGAUGAACCCACGUGCGACUGCUCGCAGACCGACUACCAGGGCAAAGACUGCAGCGAAGAAGACAACCAUGUUGAAGGUCUGGCGCACUUGAUGAUGGGCGACCAAGGGCGAAGGGAAGGAGAAGGUUGGCUUCGAAGGUCCCUACUGAGCAUUCCAGGAAAGGAAGACUACGUGGCGACCUUCAAGGGAUCCGAGUUCUUCUGCUACGACCUGUCCUUGAACCCGAUCCAGAGCAGCAGCGACGAGAUCACCCUGUCCUUCAAGACGUUACAGAGGAACGGUCUGAUGCUUCACACGGGGAAGUCUGCAGACUACGUCAACCUGGCCCUGAAAAACGGAGCUGUAUCGCUGGUCAUUAAUUUGGGGUCUGGGGCCUUUGAAGCUCUGGUGGAGCCUGUCAAUGGGAAAUUCAAUGACAAUGAUUGGCAUGAUGUCAAAGUUACAAGGAAUCUACGUCAGCACUCAGGCAUUGGACACGCUAUGGUAACUAUAUCCGUGGAUGGGAUACUGACCACCACAGGGUAUACUCAAGAAGACUACACCAUGCUAGGCUCCGACGACUUUUUCUAUGUUGGCGGGAGUCCUAGCACGGCUGACCUGCCUGGAUCACCUGUUAGCAACAACUUUAUGGGUUGUCUGAAAGAGGUGGUCUAUAAAAACAACGACGUGAGACUCGAGCUCUCCAGGAUGGCCAAACAAGGUGAUGCCAAAAUGAAGGUUCACGGCAUUGUGGCUUUUAAAUGCGAGAACGUGGCGACCCUUGACCCCAUCACCUUUGAGACCCCUGGGUCCUUCAUCACGCUCAACAAGUGGAACGCCAAGAAGACGGGCUCCAUCUCCUUCGACUUCCGUACCACAGAGCCUAACGGGCUUCUCCUCUUCAGCCACGGAAAGCCCAAACAGGCUCCCAAGGAUUCCAAGAGCCCCCUGACACUGAAGGUGGACUUCUUUGCCAUCGAGAUGCUGGAUGGCCACUUGUAUCUACUGCUGGACAUGGGGUCAGGGACCACCAAGACCAGGGCCGUCAACAAGAAGGUCAACGAUGGGGAGUGGUACCACGUAGACUUCCAACGGGAUGGACGAUCAGGUACCAUCUCCAUCAACACCCAGCGCCAGGCCUACACGGCCCCAGGAGAGAGUGAGAUCCUGGACCUGGACGAUAACCUGUACCUGGGAGGACUACCAGAGAAUAAACUAGGCCUGGUCUUCCCCACAGAAGUGUGGACGGCUCUCCUGAACUAUGGCUACGUGGGCUGCAUCCGGGACCUGUUCAUCGAUGGCCAGAGUAAAGAUGUCCGCCGCAUGGCCGAGGUUCAGAAGGCUGCCGGAGUCAAACCAUCCUGCUCUAAAGAGCCGCCCAAGCAGUGCCUGUCAAACCCCUGUCAGAAUAACGGUGUCUGCCGGGAGGGAUGGAACCGUUACGUCUGUGACUGCUCAGGGACGGGAUACCUGGGACGCUCCUGUGAGAGGGAUGCGACCAUCCUGAGUUAUGACGGCAGUAAGUUCAUGAAGAUCCAGUUGCCGGUGGUGAUGCACACAGAAGCGGAAGACGUGUCGCUACGGUUCCGUUCUCAACGGGCAUAUGGCGUGCUGAUGGCCACAACGUCACGUGACAGUGCCGACACGUUGCGCCUGGAGCUGGAGACCGGCCGCGUCCGCCUGACGGUCAACCUAGACUGUAUCAAGAUUAACUGUACUACCAGCAAGGGUCCAGAGACCAUAUUUGCUGGUCAGAACCUGAAUGAUAACGAGUGGCACACGGUGCGUGUGUUCAGGAGGGGAAAGAGUUUGAAACUCACCGUAGAUGGUCUUCAACCUGUAGAAGGUCAAAUGGCAGGUGACCACACCCAGUUGGAGUUUCACAACAUUGAGACGGGUAUCGUGACGGAGAAACGAUUCAUGUCCAUGGUGCCUUCCAACUUCAUAGGCCACCUCCAGAGCCUCUCCUUCAACGGCAUGGCCUACAUAGACCUGUGUAAGAACGGUGACAUUGACUACUGCGAGCUCAACGCCAUGAUCGGCUUCAAGAACAUCAUUGCUGACCCGGUCACGUUCAAGUCACGGUCGAGCUAUUUGGCUCUGACCACUCUCCAGGCCUACUACUCUAUGCACCUGUUCUUCCAGUUCAAGACCACCUCGUCAGAUGGACUCAUACUGUUCAACAGCGGGGACGGAAACGACUUCAUCGUGGUUGAGCUGGUCAAGGGCUACCUGCACUACGUAUCAGACCUGGGGAACGGAGCUCACCUGAUCAAGGGCAACUCCAACAAGCCCCUGAAUGAUAACCACUGGCACAACGUCAUGAUCUCACGAGACACUAACAACCUCCACACCGUCAAGAUCGACACCAAAAUCACCACCCAGACCACCAUGGGAGCCAAGAACCUGGACCUGAAGGGUGACCUGUAUAUUGGUGGCGUGGCCAAAGAGACAUACAAGGAGCUUCCCAAGCUGGUGCACGCCAAGGAGGGCUUCCAGGGUUGCCUAGCAUCGGUGGACCUGAACGGACGCCUCCCGGACCUGAUGUCGGAUGCCCUUGCAUGUGUGGGUCAGAUAGAGAGAGGCUGUGAAGGCCCCAGUACAACGUGCCAGGAGGACUCGUGUGCAAACCAGGGUGUGUGUCUGCAGCAGUGGGAGGGGUUCAGCUGUGAUUGUAGCAUGACUUCUUUCGGAGGGCCACUCUGCAACGACGGUAAGACACACAUCACAUUCUUACCCCCUGUUUGUGUGUACUGUACACACAGCUGUACCCCCCUGUCUAUGUGCUCACACACUCUUCGACACACACCCUUACCCCAAUCUACUUAAUAAAUAGUAUAAUCAUAUGUCCAUUUAGCAGACACUUGUAUCCAAAGUGACUGCACACCUAUACACACGCUUCUAAUGUAUAGCUAUCUGUAUUGCACACACAUCUACCCCUAUGUACAGUACCAGUCAAAAGUUUGGACAUGCCUACUCAUUCCAGAGUUUUUCUUUAUAUGUACUAUUUUCUAUAUGAAAUAACACAUAUAGAAUCAUGUAGUAACUAAAAAAGUGUUAAACAAAUCAAAAUAUAUUUUAUUCAAAGUAGCCACCCUUUGCCUUGAUGACAGCUGUGCACACUCUUUGCAUUCUCUCAACCAGCUUCAUGAAGUAGUCACCUGGAAUGCAUUUCAAUUAACAGGUGUGCCUUGUUAAACGUUAAUUUCUGGAAUUUCUGGAAUUCUUAAUGGGUUUGAGCCAAUCAGUUGUGUUGUGACAAGGUAGUGGUGGUAUACAGAAGAUAGGCCUAUUUGGUAAAAGACGAAGUCCAUAUUAUGACAAGAACAACUCAAAUAAGCAAAGAGAAACAACAGUCCAUCAUUACUUUAAGACAUGAAGGUCAGUCAAUACGGAAAAUGUCAUGAACAUUUUCAACGUUUCUUCAAGUGCCGUCGCAAAAAUCAUCAAGCGCUAUGAUGAAACUGGCUCUCAUGAGGACCGCCACAUAAAAGGAAGACCCAGAGUUACCUCUGCUGCAGAGGUUAAGUUCAUUAGAGUUACCAGCAUCAGAAUUGCAGCCCAAAUAAAUGCUUCACAAAGUUCAAGAAACAAACACAUCUCAACAUCAACUGUUCAGAGGAGACUGCGUGAAUCAGGCCUUCUUGGUCGAAUUGCUGCAAAGAAACAACUACUAAAGGACACUAAGAAUAAGAAGAGACUUGGUUGGGCCAAGAAACACAAGCAAUGGACAUUAGAACAGUGGAAAUCUGUGAAACACAGAGUAGGUGAACAGAUGCUCUCCGCAUGUGUGGUUCCCACAAUGAAGUAUGAAGGAAGAGGUGUGACGGUGUGGGUGCUUUGCUGGUGACACUGUCAGUGAUUUAUUUAGAAUUCAAGGCUCACCUAACCAGCAUGGCUACCACAGCACUCUGCGGUGAUAUGCCAUCCCAUCUUGCGCUUGGUGGGGCUAUCAUUUGUUUUUCAACAGGACAAUGACCCAAAACACACCUCCAGGCUGUGUAAGGGAUAUUUGACCAAGAAGGAGAGUGAUGGACUGCUGCAUCAGAUGACCUGGCCUCCACAAUCACUUGACCUCAAACCAAUUGAGAUGGUUUGGGAUGACUUGGACCGCAGAGUGAAGAAAAAGCAGCCAACAAAUGCUCAGCAUAUGUGGAAACUCCUUCAAGACUGUUGGGAAAGCAUUCCAGGUGAAGCUGAUUGAGAGAAUGCCAAGACUGUACAACACUGUCAUCAAGGCAAAGGGUGGCUACUUUGAAGAAUCUCAAAUAUAAAAUAUAUUUUGAUGUGUUGUUUCACACUUUUUUGGUUACUACAUUCAUAGUUUGAUGUCUUCGUUAUUCAUUUACAAUGUAGGAAAUAGUAAAAAUAUAGAAAAACCCUUGAAUGAGUAGGUGUGUCCUAAGUUUUGCCAGGUACUGUAUGUAUACACACACGUCCAUGUAUAAUCAUAUGGUCAUUUGGCAGACAUGUUUAGUGUUACAGAACUGUCAUUACUAACAGUAAAACACACCCAUCGGAACCAGAUAUUUGGAACACAUGUUAGCUGCUUUCUAUGUACUUCAUUACAUAAUCGUGUCUGUCCCCAUUGAGUCAUUGAUACAGACACUCAAUGAACUACCUCAACUUAUUCCUGUCCUUGGUGACAUAUUGUACACAUUUGUGCCUCCCUCCAAGAGAGGUGGAUCUUAGCCAUACAGGUGUAGGAUCUUAAUUUGAGCCAGUUUGCUACAGCAGGUAAAUAAUAAUUCAGCAUCAGGAAAUGUGCAUUAUUAUGUGGAUUAUAAUUAAUGGACAUGUUUGUAGGGGUUGGUAAAUUUUUUAUAAGGGAAAAUCAAGUCUGAAAUUUCUAAGUUGAAAGCCUUUUUAAAUGUUAUAACACUACAUAUUUUAAAUGAAGAUCCUGCAUAUGUACUUACAUGCAUACUGUAAUGUAUACUGCAACCUAUAUAGGAAUGUAUUUUGUCCUUUGUGACAUCUUUUGUUGUACACCCACGCAAAACACACUUCAAGUCUGCCUUCGCUAAAAGCUUGCUAUAAAUUCCACGUUGCAUACAUCAAGUUCCAUACAUUGAGUUCCAUACGUUGAAUUACAUAUAUAUUGUAUCUUGACUGAGUAGCCAUUGUGCCAGAAGAGUUGACUAAAGGUAAGUGUUGUCAUCGUCAUGGUGGCAACAAUGAACAAGUCCAUUUGGAACAUUGGAAACCAUUUUCUUCUCCAGUACUGUCACCCUCUGUUUUCAUUAGAAGUUAUUAUUUUCCAUGUGGACUCUGACACUAUAAAUGAGAACACUUCUGUCCUAUACUUGUACAUGCUGCGUUUGACAACUCAUUGGCAAUUAUUAUAUUACUGUGGACUCUGGCAAUACAAAAGGAAAAUGCUAUUAUCCACUGUGUGCAGCACUUUACCUGACAGCAAUAGAGGCCUGGAAAACACAGCAGGAAUUGAACUGACAGCAAUAUAGGCCUGGACAAAGCAGGAAUUUACCUGACAGCAAUAUAGGCCUGGAAGACACAGCAGGAAUUUACCUGACAGCAAUAGAGGCCUGGAGGACUCAGCGGGAAUUUACCUCAAAUCAAUAGAGGCCUGGUGGCCUGGACGCAGCUCAUUGCUGCUUUGGAUUGUUUCACUCUUUCAUUUCUCCCACCAGUAGAUUUGAUGUGGCAUUACACAACAUGUCAAAAGAACAUAACAUGUAUUAUGAGGCGUGACUGAAUGGACAUUUGGGAAGGUGCUUACUCAUAAUAAAGACUGUUACUGCAUCUCAAAUGGCACCCUAUUUCCUAGUGCACUACUUUUCAUCAGGGUUUCUCAAAACUAGUGCACUAUAUAGGGAAUGGGGUGAUAUUUGGAAUGCAUCACUAGAGAAUGAGGAGAAAGGGGGGAUGCUGUCUUAUUAAUGAUAAGCCCUAGAGAGAAGGGGACGGCAAUACUGGGAGAAUGUGGGAAUGCUUGCAAUAAUUCUACCAAAUAGCCUGCUGUCUUAUGCAAAAUAUGCACGAGGGACAAGGGGAGAGUGUGCAGUGGUUAUUAUUUCCUCUGUGGUUGUUUACGCUGUAAUGGGAGAAUGGAGGAAACUGCUGAACAGCACUUUAGUGAGUGAGUGAGUGAGUGAGUG